CUCUCAUCCCUCAUCAAACGCACCAUCAUGGCAGGUCGCGGACACAACCUAAAGAACGCAGAUGGGACGGUCAAUCUCGAGGGCCUCUCAGGCCAUGUCGCUGACCUCAAGGCCAAAUACGCCCAGAACGCCCGCAACUUCGAAGCGAACACAGGCCAGCCCAUGAACAUGAAGAACGCGGGCGCCGAGGGGCAGGGUGAAGUCGGUCAGGCAAGAGGGGAUGCCGACCAUGAUGGCCCGGAGGGGUUCGCUGAUAAGGAACAGCCCAAGGGUGAGAGUGGGCAGACGAGGGACAGCCAGCCUGGUGGCAGCGUGGGGACUCAAGACCAUGGGAGCCGGGUUUAGUAUCACAGAUGGCGACUGCGAUGCUGAGAGACAAUGAAGAGAUUGCAAGAUGAAUGACGAUGACGAGGCAAAAAGAGUGAAAGGUCGCCCCUACGCCCCGUUUAAGCACCACGGUGCACACCACCCAAGCUCAUCAUUGCCACCCCUUUGUUCUUCUUCUUCUUUCCCUGCUGUUGCUGCCCACCGCUACCGCCAAGGCCCGCGUCUGCGGCGAGCCUGGCACCCAAAUCAUCCACAUCCACCCCGUUGCUCCCAUUGGCGCUGCCUCCCCUCGACAUGAGCGGUGGUGAUGUGAGCCCGCUGUA